AUGUUCAUAUAUGACUUUAUUAAUAAAAAGAAAUAUCUUAAAAGCUGUACACUCACAAGGUUGCUAACUUACAAGCUGCUAUCAAAUUUUUCAUCUUUUUGUUUUCUCUCCUUAAUUUCUCUUUCUCUCUUCAAUUUCUCUUUCUCCUUUUCUCUCUCUCACAUCAAUUUCAAUCUUUUCUCUCUCUGCCCAAUUUUUUUUCUCUCUCUCUCUCUCUCUCCUCCUGCCCAAUUUUUUUUCUCUCUCUCUCUCCUCCUGCCCAAUUUUUUUUCUCUCUCUCUCUCCUCCUGCCCAAAUUUUUCUCUCUCUCUCCUCCUGCCCAAAUUUUCUUCUCUCUCUCUCCUGCCCAAAUUUUUUCUCUCUCUCUCUCCUCCUGCCCAAAUUUUUCUCUCUCUCCUCCUGCCCAAAUUUUUUCUCUCUCUCUCUCCUCCUGCCCAAAUUUUUCUCUCUCUCUCUCUCCUCCUGCCCAAAUUUUCUCUCUCUCUCUCUCUCCUGCCCAAUUUUUUCUCUCUCUCUCUCCUCCUGCCCAAAUUUUUCUCUCUCUCUCCCUCCUGCCCAAAUUUUUUUCUCUCUCUCUCUCUCCUCCUGCCCAAUUUUUUUCUCUCCUCCUCCUGCUCAAUUUUUUUUCUCUCUCUCUCUCUCCUCCUGCCCUCUUUUUUUCUCUUCUCUCUCUCUCUCUCCUCCCCCAAUUUUUUUCUCUCUCUCUCUCCUCCUGCCCAAUUUUUUUCUCUCUCUCUCUCUCCCUCCUGCCCAAUUUUUUUUCUCUCUCUCUCUCUCUCCUCCUGCCCAAUUUUUUUUCUCUCUCUCUCUCUCCUCCUCCCCAAUUUUUUUUCUCUCUCUCUCUCUCCUCCUGCCCAAUUUUUUUUCUCUCUCUCUCUCUCUCUCCUGCCUCAAUUUUUUUUCUCUCUCUCUCUCUCUCUCCUCCUGCCCAAUUUUUUUUUCUCUCUCUCUCUCCUCCUCUGCCCAAUUUUUUUUUUCUCUCUCUCUCUCUCUCCUUUUUUUUUUUCUCUCUCUCUCUCCUCCUGCCCAAUUUUUUUCUCUCUCUCUCUCUCCUCCUGCCCAAUUUUUUUUUCUCUCUCUCUCUCUCUCCUCCUGCCCAAUUUUUUUUUCUCUCUCUCUCUCUCUCUCCUCCUGCCCAAUUUUUUUUUCUCUCUCUCUCUCUCUCCUCCUGCCCAAUUUUUUUUUCUCUCUCUCUCUCCUCCUCUCCCUCCUUUUUUUUCUCUCCUCCUGCCCAAUUUUUUUUUCUCUCUCCUCCUCCUCCUGCCUCAAUUUUUUUUCUCUCUCUCUCCUCUCCCAAUUUUUCUCUCUCUCUCUCUCCUCCUGCCCAAUUUUUUUUCUCUCUCUCUCCUCCUCCUCCUUUUUUUUCUCUCUCUCCUCCUCCUCUCCAAUUUUUUUCUCUCUCUCUCUCCUCCUCCUCCCCCAAUUUUUUUUCUCUCUCUCUCUCCUCCUCCUCUCCCAAUUUUUUUCUCUCUCUCUCUCUCUCUCCUGCCCAAUUUUUUUUCUCUCUCUCUCUCCUCCUGCCCAAUUUUUUUUCUCUCUCUCUCUCUCUCCUGCCCAAUUUUUUUCUCUCUCUCUCUCUCUCCUCCUGCCCAAUUUUUUUUCUCUCUCUCUCUCUCCUCCUGCCCAAUUUUUUUUCUCUCUCUCUCUCUCUCUCCUGCCCAAUUUUUUUUCUCUCUCUCUCUCUCCUGCCCAAUUUUUUUUUCUCUCUCUCUCUCCUCCUGCCCAAUUUUUUUCUCUCUCUCUCUCUCUCUCCUCCUGCCCCAUUUUUUUUCUCUCUCUCUCUCCUCCUGCCCAAUUUUUUUUUCUCUCUCUCUCUCAAUAAUUUUACAACUUUUCUGUUAA